GUUCCGGGUGUUUAACCGCGUCUUUCCGAGCCGGAGAGAGAGAGACGGAGGAAAAGUUAGUUCAAAAUGGCAAAUCCCUCAGACCCGGAGUGAAGGGGCACCGCUCCCCGGAGAACCAGCUCAGCGAGUCGGCCGUCCCGAGACAGACCCGCCCGGCAAUGAGAACCGCGCCCGGAGGCGUGCGAGGGAUUCCCUGAAGGAAAAAAUGCCAGUGAGGCUGAAGCUGAUGUGACACAGCGUGUGCUGGAAGAGAGCUGACUCAUCAAAUAUCAAUCCCUCCGAGAGCGACUAAGCAGCCUAGAACAGCUCAUAUCUCCUAAUGCCUUGCUAGAGGAGCAGUCUCACAAACCCCCCACCAGCACCAGCGGAGAUUAAGACGGUGCAGAAGCAUCUCCUGCAGGAUUACAUCCAACGCCGGCUGUGGGUGAAACACAUCUUGGCACUAAAAGGCUUCUGUUCCAGCUAAUAAUGACAAAGCUAAGAAUGGCUGUACAGUGCAUCAGCUGAACUUCGCACUAGCACACCUCCCUCCCUAACAACCAGCUGUUAGGACCAGUGUCCUCACUCUGCCAGUUUUACCCAAACCUUUGGUGACAUUGCACCCCAAUCCCCAGCACCACAGUCAGUCCGCCCUUCAACCCCCCGCCUCGCAGACCAUGAUGUUUCGUGAUCAGGUGGGCGUCCUAGCCAGCUGGUUCAAGGGGUGGAACGAGUGUGAGCAGACGGUGGCUCUGUUGUCCCUGCUGAAGAGGGUGAGCCGGACCCAGGCCCGCUUCCUGCAGCUGUGUCUGGAGCACUCCCUCGCCGAGUGCACCGAACUGCAGGUCCUGGAGGGAGAGGCCAACAACCCAGGCGUGAUCAGCCAGUGGCAAGGUGAGCCAAAGGAGCGUGUCAUCUCGCUGGUCCUCACCCAUCUCCCACUGCUGAAACCUGGCAAUGUUGAAGCUAAAGGCGAGUACAUGCGCCUGCUGCCUCACAUCCUGGCCCACACCAUCGAGCAUGGCCACCACCUGGAGGAGUCUCGCCAGCUCCUGUCCUACGCCCUCAUCCAUCCUGCCACCUCCUUGGAAGACCGCGCUGAGCUGGCACUCUGGCUCAACCACCUGGAGGAAAGGGCUGCUGCCCGGGGAGACUCACUGGAGAGGCCUCCUCCUUCUGGGCCACACCACCACCACCAUCACCAGUCCACACCACCAUCCACUCUCACCUCACCAGGAUCCUCCUCCUCCACUAACACCUCUUCAUCGAGCAACCUGUACUCGCUGCAUCACCACCAACGCUACGGCUCGGACGACCGCCUCAAUGGUUGGCAGAGCUCCAGGGAUUCGGUGCUUGGAGGAGGGUGGCACCAGCAGCAGCCGGGCUGUGAGAAUGGGCACCUGCUUCUUUACCCAUCAUCCUCUGUGCCGUCAACCAUAAACACAGUUGGAACCGGUGGAGGUGGAAACACCAUCCUGACGAGUGGAGGUGGCAGUCAGCAGCACAGUCCCCUGAAGCGCUCCGUGUCCCUAACGCCUCCCAUGAGCGGCCCCAGCAACCAGCCUCUGGGCCACGUCUGGCUCUCCCAGGAGGACCUACGGACCGCCAGGGGCCCAGCCCCGGAUCACGCGCCCCUCUCACCCCAGAGCAGCAUUGCCUCCUCGGGAAGUGGAGGCAGUGAGCAUCUGGAGGAGGCUGGUUUGGGAGGAGGUUCAGGUCUGCAUCGCAGUUCCUUCCACGACGACGGCAGUGGCAUGAGGGAUGUCCCCUCGUGGCUGAAGAGUCUCCGUCUCCACAAAUACGCCGCACUCUUUUCCACCAUGACCUACGAUGAGAUGAUGUCGUUGACUGAAGAGCAGCUGGAGGCGCAGAAAGUUACUAAAGGAGCCAGACACAAGAUUGUCAUCAGCAUUCAGAAGCUUAAAGAGCGACAGAACCUACUGCGCAGCCUGGAAAAGGAUGUGUUGGAAGGCAGUAACCUGCGCGCCCCGCUGCAGGAGCUGCACCAGAUGAUCAUGACGCCUAUCAAGGCUUUCAGUGGUGCCGAGGAGGCCUCCCUGCAGCGCCUCCUCCUGAGUCCUGAGGGCAAGAGCGCUGCACCUGGCUCCCACCUCACCGGGGGAGGCGGUGGGGAGGCCGAGUCGGGGACAAGCGUCAUCGCAGAGGGGGAUUUACCUGGCCAGUUCACACGCGUGAUGGGAAAAGUUUGUACCCAGCUACUGGUGUCAAGGUCAGACGAGGACAACAUCAGCUCCUACCUACAGCUCAUUGACAAGUGCCUUAUCCAUGAGUCCUUCACCGAGACGCAGAAGAAGAGGCUGUUGUCAUGGAAACAACAGGUCCAGAGGCUGUUCCGGUCCAUUCCCAGGAAAACCCUUCUCGACAUAGCAGGGUACCGACCGCAGAGAAGCCGUUUUGGUCAGUCAAACUCUCUCCCCACCGCUGGCUGUGUUGGGGGCAGCGUGUCGGUCAGGAGGAGCCUUCGCCAGUUCCAGAUGCCCUCCAGGAGUUUGCCAGUUGCCAGGCUGGGCAUGUUGGGAAGCGGGGGGCUGUUGGGACCCACACCUCGCAGCUCCAGCAGCACACCAACUGGUCCCAAGCAGGGGAGACAGGGUCUGUGGUUUGCCAACCCCGGAGGAAGUAAUAGCAUGCCCAGCCGGACCCACAGCUCUGUGCAGAGGACCCGCUCCCUGCCGGUUCACACCACGCCACAAACCAUGGUCAUGUUCCAACAAGCUGAUCUUCAGUUACCUGUGACAGAGCCUGACAUCAACAAUCGCCUUGAGUCUCUGUGUCUGAGUAUGACAGAGCACGCCUUGGGAGACGGUGCUGACCGCACAUCAACAAUAUGAAAUGAGGACCUGAGUGAGAGCAGCAGGACGCCGCAGGUUUACGAGGCUCUCUCAUGAUAAGUCACGUCGAGGUCACCAGCCCUCCCCUCCCCUCCCUGUGGCCAAUGGUAGAGCUCAACCAAAGGACCGGGCGGGAUCCAGGAAACACAAGCGAGCCGAUCAUCACACGGCGAACACAAGCUAUCACAUUGGCACUGUCCAUCGGGUUGGAAAACAAAAAACACACCUCCUGCUCCGCUCGCAGUCACAUGCAUCAACGGCCUGGACCGUGCGUGUGUGCAGCCACCCCACCCCACCCCCCUCACCUGGGGAGUCCAGAGGCAGCGCUGCAGUCCAGUCAGCCGCAGCAGAAGGGAGAUGCUGGCCUGUGGAUCAGGGCCCAGUGAGACUGAGUCCCCUUCCCUACAUGACACCUUCUGGUCCCUGCACAUUGACCACAGCUUGUGGCAUCUUUCAAAUCCAUAACAGUACCUCAGACCCAGAAACAAGAGCAGACACGCGGAGCUACAAGAACGCAGAAGGAAGUUUGGGAUUUCCAGCGAGGACAGAAAGUCCCGGGUGGUUUUCGAGGCCUAUUGCUCAGCGUUGGGUGGCAAAAAAAAAAAAAAUCAUUUAUUUUUGUUGUAUGUAUUUAUUGUUUACAUAAUGAUGCUACUUUCAAAGGGUACAGAAACAUGUAUGACUUUCAUUAUGACUUGUGUAAUAUUCUGUAAAGCCUCGGCCGUGUACCACCUUCACGUCCCACAAGUAGCCGUUACGCUAGUUUACAACCAACAUGCUUUUUCUUUAUUUUAUCAGCCAAGAUCAAAGAGACGAUGACUCGAGGGGGGUGAGAAGGAAGGAAGGAGAGCAGAUGUGAGAUAAGAGGGAUGAGAGGAAGAAGGUGAGGAGGAGAAAGACAAAGAACGUAGAAGAAGAAAGAAUCACACUGAGGUGAAGGUGGAAAGGGAAGCGGAUGUUUCAGAGGAGAAAGACGUCAGAGGCAGGACCUUUGAUUGGCUGUAGGUGACGGAGGAAGAUGGUGUCAUGUGUAAUCAUGUUGUGAGUUGCAGGAGGAGGUCAAGUUGCAUAUUAUGUAUCCGCAGCAUGUGCUGUAUGAACUCUGUGAAUUCAGAGCCUUGUGAAAACGUUUUCAGAGACGUUAGUGGGAGAUUUUGAGGCGGCGGCCGUAUCGUCAGUGGGAUCUGUCUGCAUGUCAGGAUGCUGGGUUCAGUUAUUUCUAAAAGGUGAAAUGCUUAAGCUGCAUGUGCCAGCUGAAUGUCUUUCUCAGAAGAUUGUGAAAUGUGUGAAGCGGGAAAACAAGAACAGGAGGUCAAUUUGGUUUCCACGCAGACCGUGUUGCCGAGCCGAUUGCAACACUAGAGAAGUGACACACUGUCAAUCCAUGAAGGGAGGUUUUCCCAGAGAUUGUCUCGUUAGUGCUGACUUCCACCUGCUGGCUGAACGCAGUCACGGCAGCACAGAUGUGCAUGGACACGCAGGCACUGUAAGAUAUCAGAGCGAGUUCAGUCUAGUCCGCUCACAGAUCGUCUGUUCUGUCAGUACAAGCCUACAUGGAAUAUAUAUUUUCUUUUUUUAGAUUCUGAAUCUCAUGGUUAUUCUGUGUCUUAAUAUUUAUCCUCAGUUUAUUGUGUAUGGAAAACAGACUUUAUACGAAUAGGUUUAUAUUGAAAUAAGCUGGUUAGGAAUCUCCUCUCUGUGCCACACAGAGACUGACCCCGAGUCAGGAGUCUCAUUGAGGGUUAUUGAUGAUGAUUAUUAUUAUUAUGGUUUAGUUUCUUCAUUAGUUUGUUGCAAUUCAAUAGUACUUUCUUUGUAUCCUGCACUUGAUAAUGUGAUAACACUAAAAUCCAAAGGUUCAAAGCUCAAGUAACAGUUUCGUGCUUCAGAGUCAGAUGGAGCGGAGUGGAUCGAAGAGACGAGCUCGACUGUCGCUCUGAUAGUGGAAAGGAAAGACAGAAGUGGAGCGGUUGAAUCACAAAAGGUGGCGAUGUUUGAUCCCCCCAGCAGAAACCUGAAUUGAUUUCUGUCUGUCUGUCGAUAAAUACUCAGCCUGAGCCGAUUCACUCACAGUUUAAAGACUAAGUUAAAGUUUGUGCAUGUUUUAAUUCACCUGACAAAAACCCAUCCAUGUUCUUAUGGUGUUGAAAGAUUAAACCUUUCAUAGGCUUGAAAACUUCAUAACAAAGUUAAUCCAUUAGGUGAAUAUUGUUUAAGUCAGCUCAGGUCAGAUUUGUGCUUUAAAAUCUUCAGGAACAGCAGCACAUGUAUAUAUGAAAAUAUAAAAAGUGCAAAGAUAUAAUCUAAGUCUAUGCAAGAGAAAAACAUUUAUCAUUUAWCAAUUGAUAAUACAAUUAGCUGCUGCUUCAUUUUCCUUGCAGCUCCAGUGCAGGUUUUUAUUUCUAAUCUGCACCUUUAGUUAAAUUACCACAAUAAUAAAUUGGACAAAAUGAUGGAUCAAGUUUUUCACACGUUACCAACGAGUUUGGGAAAAUGUAAAACGGUAUCGUUUACUUUAAAUAACCAGCAGUGAUGCGUUCAGUGUGUGACCUGGUCAUAGGAGAUAAAACAUGCAGAAGCUA